CAUUUUAUCCCCUUCCCUCCCCCCUUCCAUCCCUCCCCUCCGAUCUAACGUCGGGACAGGACGCCUGCAAAGUUUUCCAAGAUGUCCAGUGACAGACAAAGAUCAGAUGAUGAAAGUCCAAGUACCAGCAGUGGGAGUUCAGAUGCAGAUCAGAGGGACCCACUGGCGCCUGAACCUGAGGAGCAAGAAGAAAGAAAGCCUUCUGCAACCCAGCAGAAGAAAAAUACUAAACUCUCCAGCAAGACUACUGCUAAGCUAUCCACUAGUGCUAAAAGAAUUCAGAAGGAGCUGGCCGAAAUAACCCUAGAUCCACCUCCAAACUGCAGGGUCAGGCCAUGUUCUUCCUCUACUGUCGGAGACAGUACUGCCUGA